GAAUACAGUACAGAAUUAGACGGAGACAUAGCUACUUUGGAUUCUAUCUUUUCACGAUUUGAGCGGGAAAUCCAUACAGGAAAUAACGGAAGCCGUAUUAUAAUCUGGAUUCCAUGAAGUGGCACGUUGUGCAACUGCUUGCGCUUGCAGCGCUGACAUGCAGCUUUGCCAGCGAUGUACCAGUCAACCAAACAACAGGUUCUUGCGAUUCUGUGAUUUUGCCUGAGAAAAAACUCGUUUGCUAUUACGAAGCAGGAACGGACUUUCGACUGUCCCAGCUAGAUCCCUGUAUAUGUACACAUCUGUUGUAUGGAACUCCAAACGUUACCAACGGUUUAAUCUUAAACACCGAAGAGCUGGACUCAGAAGACCUGAAAUCUUUCUCAGAUUUAAAGAAUAUAAACCCUAAUCUUUAUAUUCUUCUCUCUCUUCGUGUCUUCCCUGAUAAUAUCAACUCCAACGUCUCGUCCUCUGUGUCGGAAAUCAAUAAUGCACUCAAGGAAUUUAUCAAAAAUGUUCGAAAACUCGUUCAAAAAAAUAACCUUGACGGAAUUGACCUGAAUAUUGAUUAUCUCAAUCGGAAAGAAUAUGGAGAUUUGACUGAACGCAAAGAAACCGUGUCACUUCUUAUGAAGCAACUGAGAUCAGCUCUUGAUGAGAUUAACUCUUCCAAUCCUGUUGUUCUGACAAUUACUGUGGCCAAAAGACCCUAUCUUCUGGUGAAUGGUUUUGAUUUUCCACUGAUUUCAAAGUCUGUUGAUUUCAUCAAUCUUCCAGCAUUUCACUUUGAUGAACCAAGUCAAAGCAAUCUGAAACACCCAGGCCGACUUCAUGGUGUUGGUGACAUGGAAAAUGUUGACUCUCUCGUGGAUCUUCUGUUGUCUUUUAGUGUUCCAAAGGAUAAGAUUGUAGUUGGUAUCCCUACCUUUGGAGUGGCUUAUAAAACAUCAGACUAUAGGCUCUCCGUUGAAGACUCUUUAAGGAAAGGUAUCGAAGGAAAGGUCUUUAAAGGAAAAAGAAAAAUUUUAUCUCAUGGAGAGGUAUGCGAUUUCAAGAAUUCAGGAAAUUGGUCAGUGCUGAGAGAGACUGACCAAACUUCCCCCUACACUUACAAUGAAGAAGAUUGGGUGGGUUACGAUGACGAAAUCAGUGUCAGACUUAAGACCAAGUAUGUGCUGUUACGAAAGCUUGGAGGUGUUAUAAUGUGGCCUGUUAAUAAUGAUGACUAUGAAGGAGUCUGCGGUAAUGGCGACUUUCCUCUAAUCCGAAGUGUGCGAAAAGUGUUUACAGACACAGUUAAGACUAAGGAUCCAAAAACCAUUGACGAGUUCGAAGCAUAUCUUGAAGGAGCUGAAUCGAGAAUUGUAAAUGUUGUGGAUAGGUACGGAUUCGUCGGACGAGUAGAAAGUAAUUCCGACACUUUUGAGAGAAUGAUCUGCACCAGACAAGGUUAUUAUCGACAUCCUGACGAUUGCACUAAAUUUUAUCGCUGUGUAAAAUUCGACCAGUAUAUUGAUGAUUACACUAUUUUCCAGUAUGAUUGUCCUAAUGGCCUCGUGUUCGAUGAAAGAUACGAAGUGUGCAAUUGGCCGUCAUGGUCACUGCCAUGUGACGGAUCUGGUGAAGUCUUGCCUGUUCCGAGGAAAACAUUUGUCUGUUCUAACAUUGGUUACUUCCAAGAUCCAGAAAACUGUAGGUGGUUCUAUUACUGCUCUGAAGGAAAUGGCACUCUUCAAGCAUUUGAAUUCAAGUGUCCCUUCGACUUAGCUUUUGAUGAAGAAAAACUCCUCUGUAAUUGGCGUUGGCUGGUUCCAGGAUGUGGUGGCCCUUAUGGAGGAAUUACACCAAAUGUUGAAAGUACCGCAAAAGUUAUAAGUGUUGAUCGGCAUAUAACACCUCAAUUAAAUCCUUCAGGCAACUUGCGAACAAAAAAAAGAUCUGGUUAUGAGCAUUUUGGAGAGUUUUCUGAAACUACACCCAGAGGGCCAAAUACUAACUUUGCAAAAUUUCCUAAAAGUUCUGCAAAAGGCACGCCUGGAUUGGUUGAUUUAGGUGCAAAUGUAGGAUAUAAUAAUGGACGAGGUUCUAACAGUCCAUCUCGUAGUGUAGAAUAUGAUGAAGGACUUGAACUUGGUGGUCAAGCCAGAAGUGUAGGAUAUGAAACAGGACCUGGUCCUUUAGGUCCAGAUGAGAAUCUGGGAUAUGUUAGUGGACGUGAUUCUGAGAGUCCAUCUAGAAGUAUAGGAAGUGGCAUAAGAGUUAUCCCUGAAAGUCCAAACAGAUUUUUAGGAGAUGAUAUAGGAAGUAAUAUUGAAGUGCCACCAAAUUCUGUCAUAAGAGCUCAGUUAAGUGUAGGACAUGGCAAUGGGGACCUGCCAAGUAUUACAAAAAGUCAAAAGUUUAUAGGUGGACGUGAUCAUGGAGAACAGACAAUUCCUCUUGGAAACUUAAGAUAUGAUGGAAGACAUACGUCUAGGCCUCCUUCAGACUCUGUUAGAGGUACAGCACAUGACAACAAACAUAGCUCUAUAGGUACAUCAGAUCCAUCUGGAUUCAAUAGAUAUGAUAAGAGACAAGGUCAUGGAAGCCCUGUUAGUGCUGUAAGAUACAGUGAUAGAGGUGAUCGUGAAAGUCAAGUGGGCUUUGAAGAUAGUGUAGGAUAUCGUACUGGGCAUGAUAUUGUAAGUUCUUCACGUCUUGUUGGUGGUGGUGCAGCAUAUGAUGAAGAACAAAGACCUGGACGCCCAGGUGUUGUUGCAAAACAUGAUGGUAGAAAUGCUCCUGGAACUUCUCGAGGUCUUAAUUAUGGUGUGCGAUACAAUAGCCAACAUGACCUUAAAUACCCAUCAGUUCCUGCUAUUGGUGCAGAAUAUGUUGAUGGGCAAGGCCCUGAAGGUACUUCAGGUCCUGGUGGUGUUUUAAGCUAUGGUAUUAAGCCUGAUUCUUUAGAUUCAUCAAGCCCUGUUUACAAUAAUAAAUAUAGCAGCACACAUGGCCCCGGAGGUGUUUCAGAUCCUUCAAAUAUUGUAAGAUAUGGUAAUAGGGAUAGUUCUGAAGGUCCUCUAAGUGAUAUAGGAUAUGGCAAUGAAGGUCUAGUAGGUCCUACUGGUAGUGCAGAACACAGUAGGGGACAUGGGCAUGUAGGUUUCCCAGAUCCUGAUGGUAUAGUAAUUCGCGAUGAUAGGAAUGGUCAUGAUGACCCUAGAGGUCUAGUGCAUACCAUAGGCAAUAUAGAAUACAGUAGUAGACCUGUUUCUGGAGGUUCAGUAGGUUCUGCUGACGUUAAUAAAUAUGAUCCCAAAAAUCUUCCAGGUCCUUCCAGUGGUUUAGUAUUUGGUGCUAAAAGUACUCCAGGGAGUUUAUUGGAUCCUGAAAGUAAAGUAGAAGAUGGUAGAAGACUAAGUCUACUAGGUCCUGUUAGUGAUGUAAAAUAUGACGGGCCAUAUGGUUCUAGAGGUCCCUUAGUUUUUGAUAAUCGUGAAAAUUUUGAUAUUAAACAACGGCCUGCAGGAUCUAAAAAGACACCAGAUCUUGUUGGUGACAUAGAAUUUCACAAUAAGUAUGGCCCUACAAGCAAAAUAGAUUCUCUCCACGUUGACAGGAUUAGUAAAAGACCUGACAGUUCAAGGCAAUUAGAUAAUACUAAAAUUAUCGGAUAUGAUGGUAGACGUGGUCAUAGAGGUUCUUCAAGUCCUCAAAGUGGUAUAAGAUAUAAUAAAGAACAUAGAUUUGAUGGGAUUUUGGGUCCUACCAGCGAUGUUGCAGGUGAUUUUAAAAAUUUACCAGGUUUAAGUGAAUUUAAUGGAUAUGACACUAAAAAUGGUUCUGAAGAUAAGCCAGGAAUUUCUAGAGAUUUUGCAUAUAGAAGAAGACAUGAUUCUAAAGACACACAUGGUCCUAUCGAUAGUACAGAAUUUUCUGGGGUACGUGGCUCAGUAGGUCAAUCAGAUUAUCCUGAAGUUAACAAAAAUGGCAACAGACGUGUUUCUCACGGAAUUGCAAGAAAAAGUGAGAAAGGUAGCAAUGGAACUUUGAUAAGUCUUUCUAGGGUUGUAGAUUAUGAUGGUAAACAUGAGCCUGAAAGCCCAUUGGAUCUCGUACGUGGUGUGAUAUAUGAUGGAAAACAUAGCCCCAAAGGGUCAUUUGGCUUUUUUGAAAAUUCAAGUUAUGGUGAUGGGCCUACUCAUGGUUUCGUUAAAGAGGUAGGACGUGGCGAUGAAAUACUUACAAGUGGUUUAGCAGGAGAUGUGAUCCAUGGUGAUAAACAAUAUUUCAAUGGUAGGAGACCAGUUGAACCAAAAUCUAUAGGUCAUUUCAAACAAAUAAUACCUAAUAAGGUCCAUACUUCAAGAGCACAAACAGACUUGAACCAUGAUAUACCUCAAAGAUAUACUGUAAAAGAACCAAGUGAACCAAAGCAUUUUACUGACUUAAGCAGUCCAUCAGAUAAACCCAAGUUAUACGAAGUUCGUCCUGUGUCACCACGUCCACGUAACACUGCUUCACCUAAGCAGGUGUCUUAUUCCUUCCAGGAUGGAAUAAAAGAAAAACACCCUUUUAAUCAACCCACGCCUAAACCACCACUUUUUAUCAGUGAUGAUGCAAGUCCACCAAGUAGACCAUAUCCUAGCUCACGUGAACUUUUCAACAAAAAACCUUUAUAUUCUCCACUGCCUCCCCCUAUUAGUAUUACUUAUUUUCCAACUAAACACCCCAAAACAUCGUUAACUAAUGACAAACCGACUCUGGUUACUGUAACUCCUCAUUUUUCUAGAACACCAAAUCAUUACAAACAUAAUUUAGGUUGUGCAUGUAAAUCAGGGACAAAUAUUGGACCAGACUGUUGUCACAACACUGAUUACUUUACUCCAGCUUUGGGUCCACCAAUUCGUGGUGGACCAAAAACAGGUGUACCUGUUGAAAAACCUAGGGGACCUGCUACUUCUAGGAAAAUUCAAGGGUAUUUUUCUGUUCAUCCUACGAUCAAACAAACCAAUGUUUCAUUUCCACCAACUUCACCUAAUCCCCAAGAACAACUUGUGAUUUAUAAACAAUCCAUCCCUAUUGAACAAGAUAAAUUAAUUCCUCCCAGAAAUGUCCAGGGAUAUUUUUCUGUUCAAACCUUGCCAAAACAGCCCAAGAUUUCUUCACCGCCUACGUUGCCAUUAGUUGAAGAGCAUUUUGUAGAGCAACCAUUAAUUUAUGAAGUUAAAGGUCCUCUUAAAAAGACAACGAAGCCUGUUCCUCCUAAUAAUAUCGAAAAUCAGUCCAGGGUUAUAUCAACGUCUCCUCCUAUUGCUAAGCCACAUGAUAAUAAGCAGCCUUUAUUCUAUGAAUUAGAAGUGCAAGGAGAAAAUACAAGAAAAACUGCACCUCCUACAAAAUUUGAAAAUCAUUUCUCCAUUGGAUCACGUUCCAAACCAUCAAAUACUCCUGUUAACUAUUUUACAGAAGAAAAUAUCUUCCAGUCUCCAUUUCAUACCAAUCAACCAACACAAGAAAAAGAUAAUGUUCAAACACAUUCAUCUUCAGAUCGAUAUGUUGAUGGGCCCUUUGUAGGUCCAAAAACCAGAUCUACGCCUACAGUGGUAAAUAAUGUAGCACUUUUGCAAAAAAAUAUUGUAUCAACUGUGUCUCCUCCUUUAUUUCCACCAUCUAAGAUUACCUUUGGAACAUACACGCGUAAGUACGAACCACAAGAAGAAGCAGAUGUUUAUGGACCUCCUCCAGAAACAACAAACAUUCCAAAUGCCCCAGUGUUUGGGCAACGAUUAAAACCUGUAGGACCAAUAUACUCAUUUCUACCUGUUUCAGUUGUCCCACCUCCUACAGCGGUGAAUAGAAUAGUUAUAAAUAACAGAUACACACAGCUACCUAAAUAUAAUCAAACACCACGAAAGUUACAAAAGCCACAAUUAGUAAAUAAUGAACAGAAUGGCGCAAAAACCAACACUAAUGCUCCUACUUACACCAUACUAUCAACUGUUCCAUCUAGGCCUCUUACGCUUCCUGCUUCAAAAGACGUGGUUAGCUAUACAACUAUUCCAGCUCAAGAUAGCCUUGAUAGAAUAAACUUACAUACCCCUAAAACUCGACCAGUCUCAAGGUUUGUUAAAAAUAAUGACUCUCAACUUGGAAGAAGAACGUCUAAUGUGCAACCAUUGAUUGUUAUUGAUGUAGAAUCGCUGGCAGAAGCAUCUCCUACAGCAUCAACACCUGUUCUUAGAAAUGAAGAACGACAUAAAACCCAACCUAAUUAUGACAACACUCCUGUAGAUUACUCAGAUCAUGCAGUGUUUGAGAACGCUUACGGUGAUAAAACAACAGGUCAGGGUAUUUCACUUUCUAAGGAACCUGAUGGAGAUUAUGGUGAAAAAGUAACUGAAGGAGUAACUGAUUACAGAGAAAAAACUUACCAGCAAAAUAUUCCAUAUCAUUCUACGCAUCUUGGACCAGUUGAACCAAGUCGGCCUCCGGCUUCUGUGGUUAAAUAUCAAAACAAGAAUCAGGUAUCCGAAGAAGUGCGUAGCCCAAGAAUAUCGCAAGAUAUAGAUUUCCGGAAACCAGGUAUUAGUGAGGAAAAUGUUGAACAGGGAAUAGUUAAUGAAUUUAGAAAGACAACUAUAAGAGAUGAUGAGAAGGACAAAGAAACUAUUCCUGAUGUAGCUUGUUCUAGAGCAGGUCUCUUUCGGCAUCCUGAAGAUUGUAGUCAAUUCUAUGAAUGCUAUUGGGACAAAACUAUCAACAAAUUUACUCUUCACAUUUUUGAGUGUCCGGUCAAACUUGUUUUUGAUAACAGGAUUUAUGGCUGUAACUCGGCAUACUGGGGACCUCCUUGUCAUAAAAAGAAUUGAAAAUAAAGGUCUUAAAUAGGUUGACAAAUUGAAUAAGUGUUUUGUCUACGGAAAGGAUAAGAUCAAGAAACAAUUUAGUCAUCUCUUGCUUGUGAUGAUAAGUAAUGACACGUAAUAUAUGAAGAUGUAAAUAAACAUACAUGCGUUUUAUACUUACUGAUCUCAUUAGGGGAUAUGCUGCUUGAACUUGCUUCGUAUGUGUAAGGACUUUGGAUUUAAUACAUAAUAUGUUAUUUUAAUGUUAAAAACUGAUAAGGCAAACUAACGACCAUGAUGCUUCGGCUUAUUCCUAUUAUUUGCAUCCUUAUCUAAUCUUAAAUGCUUUGGGGAUUUCCUAUUUAUUUCUUGUCUGGUGAAUAAGAUGUAUUUUGUCUGGGACAUUUGAUACGUAAGGUUUAUGGAUUAUAUGUUAUGAACAAUAUAAAAGAUAUGAAAACAAACAACUCGUUGAGCUGUUGUUUUAAAUAAUAAUGGAUAUGACACUAGUGAAAGAAAUUUACAUUUGAAUGUUGAAGAAUUACUUAUCACGAAAUAAAAUAUGUUAACAUUACACUGUUUUCUUUUUUCAUUGUAUAUAAUGUUCUGAUCAAAACGUUCAUCGGCGUAGGGUAGCGGUGAUUAUAAAAUGUACACUGAA